CUGGCCCGGUGCGGGCGCCCGGCUCCGGCUGCCGAAGAGGACCAGCAGCGCCGCCGCCACCCCUCCGGUCCGGGCCCCGGCCCCGCCCCGGGCCCCGGCCCCAGCCCCCUGCCCGGCCGGGCGAUGAAGUGUCACUAUGAAGCGCUGGGGGUGCGGCGCGACGCCAGCGAGGAGGAGCUCAAGAAGGCCUAUCGGAAGCUGGCCCUGAAAUGGCACCCGGAUAAAAAUCUGGAUAAUGCCGCAGAAGCAGCUGAACAAUUUAAAUUAAUCCAAGCAGCAUAUGACGUGUUGAGUGACCCUCAGGAAAGAGCAUGGUAUGAUAAUCAUAGAGAGGCUCUACUUAAAGGUGGGCUUGAUGGGGAAUAUCAAGACGACAGCUUAGAUUUGCUUCACUAUUUCACUGUGACCUGUUACUCUGGUUAUGGAGAUGAUGAAAAGGGCUUUUAUACAGUUUAUCGUAACGUUUUUGAAAUGAUUGCGAAGGAAGAGCUAGAAUCUGUGUUAGAAGAGGAGAUGGAAGAUUUCCCCACUUUUGGAGACUCCCAGAGUGACUAUGAUACGGUAGUCCAUCCUUUCUAUGCCUAUUGGCAGAGUUUCUGCACUCAGAAGAACUUUGCUUGGAAGGAAGAAUAUGAUACACGACAAGCUUCAAACCGCUGGGAGAAACGUGCCAUGGAAAAAGAAAACAAAAAGAUUCGCGACAAAGCAAGGAAGGAGAAGAACGAGCUGGUGCGCCAGCUGGUGGCAUUCAUCCGUAAGAGAGACCGAAGAGUGCAGGCGCAUCGGAAGCUCGUGGAGGAACAGAACGCCGAGAGGGCCAGGAAGGCGGAGGAGAUGAGGCGGCGGCAGAAGCUGAAGCAGGCCAAACUGGCCGAGCAGUACAAGGAACAGAGCUGGAUGACCGUGGCCGACCUGGAGAAGGAGCUCAAGGAGAUGGAGGCACGCUACGAGAAGGAAUUUGGAGACGGAUCAGAUGAAGAUGACACAGAGGAAUCUGAGCUCAAAGAUGGGCAUGAUGGUAAAGACAGUGAUGAGGCUGAGGAUGCUGAGCUGUAUGAUGACCUUUACUGCCCAGCAUGUGACAAAUCUUUUAAGACGGAAAAGGCCAUGAGGAAUCAUGAAAAAUCAAAGAAGCAUCGGGAAAUGGUUGCCUUGUUAAAACAACAGUUGGAGGAGGAGGAAGAGAAUUUUUCAGGACCUCAAACUGAUGAAAAUCCAUUGAAUGCCAAUUCUGAGGAAGAAAUAGAAAAUGCACCAAAACAAAAGCUUUCCAAAAAGCAGAAGAAAAAGAAACAGAAACCAGCACAGAAUUCUGAUGAUAAUUUCAAUAAAAAUGGAACUGGAGAAGAAGUAAAGGUUGAAUCAGAAGAUACCAACUUAAAUCAAGACCGUACCAAAGAAUUGGAUGGGAGUCCCCAAGAAAGUAUCAGUGUCACUGAGACUGUCGAAUUCUGUGAUGAUCCAAAAAGUGAAGCUAAGAAUGCUCCUAAACCCAAAGGAAAGAAAGCCAAAGAUAUGAAAAAAUCUGUCAAAGUACCUGCUGAACCACAGACAGUGAGUGAUGUUCUUAUCAGCUGUGCAACCUGCCAUAGUGAAUUUCCAUCCCGGAAUAAACUUUUUGACCAUCUGAAGGCCACAGGUCAUGCAAGAGCACCUUCAUCAUGUUCUUUAAACAGUGUAACAAGUAGUCGAAGCAAGAAAGAGAAACGUAAAAACAGAUAGAAAUUCUGCCAACGCUUUUUCUUUUUGAUUGUCUCUAGAUUUUGAAACCAAAAACUGAACUGAAGUCAUCUAAAGAGUUAAAAUUUCGGUGAUCUGCAAUUUAUUGCAUUGUGGAAGAUUAUUUUUUAUCUUGUAAAAACAUUUUUUUUGUUUAAUAUAUAUUUUUUAAACAUUUCAUUAGUGAUUGAAUUCUACUUUGCCAUCUGAAUUGACUUGAAUGUCUCAAAACAGGUACAUACUGUAAAGUAUACAUUCUUGAUUUCUCUUGGCUCACAUGGACAGAAAUGUACAGGGAGAAUUAAAUUAUUUUAACACAUA